UGACGGUGCGGAAGUGUUGUCCUCAGAAACAGCAGCUCCAGAUUCAGGGCUGCCAGUGUGUGAGUGAAAACUCUUUGGCGCUACAGCAGGCUCUUUCUGUGUGUUCGUUCGCGAGCAUUCUCAGCGUCCAUCUCGGCCAGCACCACUGCAGUAGUAUGAAAGCACCGUGGGCAGUCUGGAGAGCCGUGUCAACUGAGUUUCCUUGAAUCAUCUAUAUGGGCCAUCUUCUUUCGAAAAAUGGUUACCGCCUGAAGAAGAGGACUUGCAAACUAAAUCACAGAAAAAAGAAGAAGAGGAACUGUUUCCUGCAGGGCCCUUGCAUGCUGUGCUUCAUUGUCCACAGCAACAGCAGCGGACUUGACGACGACAGCGACCACUUCGAGACCAGCGUCAACGGCAGUGCGGGCCGCCACAACAGUGUCACUGGAAUCAGUGUACCUGGUGUUGGUAUCGGGGCAGCAGCUGCAUCAAAGCUCGCUGAGCGUUACGCAACUCUUGCGUCUCCAGACGACUGCUCCAAAUUCUUGUUGAAUUCACGAGAAUUAGCAAUCUGGGAAAGCCAGGGGCGGAGCCUGUUGUCAACAGUACCUGCAAAAUUAAUCCCGCCACCAGGUUUAUUUCGGACUGCUGGGGUGUCAGUGACUCUCCCCUUACCUGUGCCAAGCUGCACCAGUGACUGCUCAGAGAUGGUGUGCAAGAGGAAGUGUUCGGAGGUUCAGAGGUGCACCCCCUGCAAGCAGCCACGCUGUGCCUUUGCAACCCCGGACGGAGGUUUGGAAAACGGAAGCGUGGUGGGUGGCGGAGGAGAGGCUUCUUCCCAGGCUGAAACUAGCCACUGCCACCUCCCCGCCUGUCCUCUUCCCGGUUCCUCCUCCUCUUCCUCUUCAUCCUCCUCUUCUUCCACACCAGCUGCCGGCUGUUGUGGACCCGAUCUUCAAGCCGAUUCAGCUCAUACUUCAGACUCAUCAUCACCCUGCAGCUUUCAUUACCAUGAUGAUGGCCUGGCCAAAGAUUGCGAUGCCGCAGACCACUUGGGUAUCAACCAUCUGCCUUCCUCCAUCCUUCUAAAGGUGCUCUCACACUUGACAGUGAAGGAGCGCUGCUUGUGUGCCUCCCUGGUCUGUAAAUACUGGAGGGAUCUCUGCUUGGACUUUCAGUUCUGGAAGCAAAUCGACCUGAGUGGCCUACAACAAAUCACUGAUGAACUUCUUGUGAAAAUCGCCUCUCGGAGACAGAAUGUGCUGGAGAUAAACAUCUCAGAUUGCCGUGGGGUCCAUGACCAUGGUGUUUCUGCUCUGGCCUCGCAAUAUCCAGGCCUGCAGAAGUACACAGCCUAUCGCUGCAAGCAGCUUGGAGACAUAUCAAUUUCCGCUUUGGCCAAACAUUGCCCUCUACUGGUGAAAGUGCAUGUUGGCAACCAGGACAAGUUGACAGAUGGAGCGCUGAAAAAGCUCGGGGAGCAUUGCAGUGAACUGAAGGAUCUCCACUUAGGUCAGUGCUACGGUGUCAGUGACAUCGGCAUUGUGGCGUUGGCCCGAGGAUGUCCAAAACUUCAAAGACUCUACUUGCAGGAAAAUAAACUCGUUACUGAUCGGUCCAUGCAGGCAGUCGCAGAGCAUUGUCCCGAGCUGCAGUUUGUUGGCUUCAUGGGAUGUCCUGUAACAUCGCGGGGAGUCAUCCAUCUUACUGCUCUUCACAACCUGACUGUCCUGGAUUUGCGGCACAUUUCCGAGCUCAACAAUGAAACGGUCAUGGAAGUGGUGAGGAAAUGUCGAAAGCUGAGCUCCCUGAAUCUCUGCCUCAACUGGAGCAUUAACGACAGGUGUGUGGAAAUCAUUGCCAAGGAGGGGCGCAGCCUGAAAGAGCUUUAUCUGGUGUCUUGUAAAAUCACCGACCGAGCUCUGAUUGCCAUCGGCCAGUACAGCAGCACCAUAGAGACGGUGGAUGCAGGCUGGUGUAAGGACAUCACAGACCAGGGAGCCACACAGAUCGCCCAGAGCAGCAAGUCCCUGCGCUACCUGGGCCUCAUGAGAUGUGACAAGGUGAACGAGGAGACAGUGGAGCUGCUGGUGGUCCAGUACCCUCACAUUGUGUUCAGCACGGUGAUGCAGGACUGCAAGAGGACCCUGGAGAGGGCGUACCAAAUGGGCUGGAGCCCCAGCGCAUCCAACGCCUCGUAGCUUUGCUGGAUGCCGUUCGCUCUUCGACCAAGGAACCGAACCACAGAGACACAGUUUUCAGUAAUCCAACACGAUCAUGACUCUCAUGUCAAAUAUAGCUAACAAAAGUCACGCAUUCAUUUUAGACCUGUUUUAUCGUCUGGAACCUUUUUUUUUAUUCUUAUUAAUGCAUUGAUAGUUUUGUUGAAAAAUACCUAUAUGUGUGAUCAUGAGAAGGUCCUGGUCUGACCAAGAUCAUCAACGCAUGUCUCCAAAGCAAUUUAGACCGCAAGAGCAAAGACAUAUCAGCGACCACUUGUCCGACUCCUUGUGAGCGGUUUCUCUCUGACGGAAUUUUAUUUUGGGUUUCCAGUUCAGUAUUAAAGGAGUUGUUUGACCAUAUAUGAUGAGAUUAUUGUUGUCCAGAAUCAGAAAGUUGCAGUUGCAGGAAUUAAACAGCUUCUAUUAAGAGAAAAAAAGUGCAUGUUUAGCGUUAGAUCUUUCUCAAUAUGGUAGAAUGAUGACCUGUCAAGCUGGCGGUUGUUUCGAGUCGGUGCUUCUUCUGAAGUUGCCUUUGACUAAAGAUCCCGGAUCAGGUUUUAGGUUUUUCGGACAUCAAGUUAGCGGAAAUGAUGCCUUACAGUUAAGUGGUUGCAAGGUAACUGCCUUCCCUUGAGGAUCUUUACACAGCAGUCGUUUUGAUGUUGCACUGGGUGAGAGUUACCGCCGCGCACUCUGGAAGCACUCGCAGCCACUUUCACACCUGGACACCUCAGACAGGGCUUUCACGCUGAAGACGCCGAUACUCCUCAUUCAUGCCGCCUCCUCUCAAACUCGUGGAGUGUUUAUGGUUGGCUUUCACCAUGGCUCUCUUAGCAUGUUCACGUUAGCUCUCCAGGCUAUGUUGCUAAAUGACCGUAGCUAAUCUGGAGCUGAAGAAAUGUAUCAACUGAAUUAAGAAUUUGACAUCACAUAUCUAUUCCACUACUUCCUGAUUAAGUUUAUCCAUCCAGGGAAGAUUGAAACUCUUGCUAGCAUCAAGCUAGCGCUCUGUACUUAAAAGUAAUUGUUUCAAAAAUGCGUCAUUCAUGACAUGCUAGCUAGCAAGGCACCGUGGACAAUAACAUCAACCUCCAAAAGUAAGCAGCACAUUUUUCCUUCCAUUCGGUUGAAAGAUCUAUACAUUCAGAUAAGUUGGUUCAGCUGUGUCUCCUCACGUUCACAUUCAUUUUCCAGCCCAGGAGCGACAUGAUACUGGUGAGAAUGAGUACACACCUGUGACUUGCCGUCCAAAUAAUUACAGUAAUUAAAACUAGAUGUAAACUGCCAAACAGAAAGGCUCCGACGACCGACCCAGCUGUUAUGAGCAUCAUCAUUUUUCUCGAUCAAGGUCGAUAUCAUUGAGGGAGGUAUUGAGCACAACACAAGGAAAACAUGCAGGAAAGCUCAACUCCCAGCUUUUCUUUGUCACUGAAGGAUGUGAAACAUCUCAUAGUAUCAUAACAGGAGGAAGAUCAUGAAAAUGAUGCGAGUCAAGACGACGACUGCUGUGAAAGGAACCACCUUGAGAGAGGAAGCAUUUUGUUUCACCCCCUUCUUCUGAUAUAUAUAUAUAUAUGGAAAUAUAGUAUUAAAUAUAUAUACACACACACAACAUGGUGUGGCAUUUACUUAGCCUUAUAUUGAUUUGUAAGUAUUUCCUAGUGUCAUUAGCAAUGUAGCGGUUCAUUACGUUCAGUAGACUAGAUUGAAAAAGCUGCGAACACGACAGGACAGUUGACUUAUCAUCAGUGUACAGCCGCAGAUGCAAAUAUCCAGGGUAUUUUUCUAAGUAAGGACAUUAUACAGCUGCAGAAUAUGUUCAAGCAUAUACAGAAAAAGUUUCUCCUUUAUACUUCCCCCCUCUGUUUGGUUCAGUUUCUGCUCUUUUGUUAUCCCUGUAUGCACUUUUCCUCUUCUAGAAGUUCUUCAUUUGUUAAGGCAACUGUUAAGGAGUUGAUUUACAUAAAGAUGAAUAAAACACUACCACUUCAAACGCUCUGCUCUCCUGUCUUCUCUGUAUAAACAUGGCAAAGUCUGAACAAUGGGACGUGUGUCCGUUAAAUCUCUUGUUUGUUGGGAGGAAGUAGAAAAUGCUUUUUCUUUCUAAACCUGAAGCGUCUCAAGGGAAACCUGAGGAAGUUCAAUUUCUUCACAUCCCUUUUGUGAUCAGCAGCCUUUGGCCGACUGACUUGCUGGGAAACACGUGUCCAACAAGUGCCUUUUGUGAAGCCAAGUUUCAUUUGAAGACAC